CCCCGCCCCGCGGGCAUAAGAAGCCAGCGGGUCCCCGCGGUGCCGGACACGCCGCAUCGCUGGGACACAGCCCCGCCGCAGCCCGGAGGCUGGCGCUCCCAGCGUCCCCUCUGACGUCAGGGCCGCGCCACGACCAUGUCUGAGCUGGAGAAGGCGAUGAUCGCCAUCAUCGAUGCCUUCCACCAGUACUCCGGGAAGGAGGGAGACAAGCACAAGCUGAAGAAAUCAGAACUGAAGGAGCUCAUCAACAACGAGCUGAGCCACUUCCUCGGGGAAAUUAAAGACCAGGAGACUGUGGACAAAGUCAUGGAGGCACUGGACUGCGAUGGGGAUGCAGAGUGCGACUUCCAGGAGUUUGUGGCCUUCAUUGCAAUGGUCACUGCUGCUUGCCACGAGUUCUUUGAGCAUGAGUGAAGUGGUGGGAAGCAGGUGAGCCCUUCUGCUCAUGCUGGAGAGAGGCAAGGCAGCAUUGCUCCUCCAGGAAAAGGACUGGCCAUGAUUACAGACCCCUUAGAGUUCAGCUUGCGCUAGACUUAAGCAGCUUAUUAAAAGUGCUGUGGCUUUGUGAACAAGGAACACUUGUGUGGCUCAGGAAGGGCUCUUGGCUAGUGCCCAUUGGGCUGGGUGCAGUGAGAGAGUGCCUUGCCUCAAGCUCCUUCCCUGCUGUUUUAAGUCAGGAAUGUGCAUGGGGCUGGAAGCAGAGGAAUGCUGUGAUCCAAGCUCACAUGCAAAGGCAAAAAGGAAAUUCAGGAGUUGAAGGAAAAGGUGAUGCAGAGGGGCUGGUUUUGGAAACUUGCUGCUGAGCCCACUGGCCUGAAGGGGAAGGCUCCCAGUGAUUCCUGUGGGCUCCAGGCAUGGCAUUAGAAACCAGCUCCUGUCCCAUCACAGCUGCUCAGCAGAGCCCACCCAUUUCUGGUACAUUGAGAUGCCCUUGGCUUGCAAGGCAAAGUGUAACAAUCUAAAAGCAUAACCAUCUGACAGCUGAGGCUUUUCACUUGUUGAGCAUUCCUGCUUUUAGCAGCCUGCAGAACUGGAAGCAACAGCAUAUGAGGCUCCUGCACUGGGUCAGCUCCUGGGCCUGGGAUAUGCCUUGACAAGGUGUCCAGGCUCAGUGAGAAGGGAAGUGGGAGUGGCCCAGUGUGACCACAGACCAGGCACAGCCUCUUGAGUGUGUGGAAAUGACAAGGAAUAAAAUGUUGGUUUGGCCUCUGGUGAAAAA